GCGACUCACUGCACCACGGCUGGUCAACCGAACAGCAGUUGACUGUACCGCAGACAGUCAUGGCUCUGCUCACCGUCCUCACGCCUGUGCUGCUGCUGAUCCUGUGCAUGGUUAUCGGCUUCAUGCUGGUGAAGCCACGGGAGACAAAGACAGACACGCGACCGUGGGUGGAUGAGGAUUUACAGGAUGGAGACGACGUUUUAGAGGAAGACGAGUGUGUGGACUCACAAGGCAGCGAGGAGGACCAUCCACAGGUGCCCUACUCCCUGCAACACCACUCUGAGGAAACAAUGCUGCAGAGAAGCAAGGAUUUCUACACGAUGAUGAAUCAGAGAAGGAGUGUUCGAUUCAUCAGCCCAGAGAUGGUCCCACAAGACGUCAUUGACAAUGUCAUCCGCACUGCAGGUACCGCCCCCAGUGGAGCUCACACACAGCCUUGGACGUUUGUCGUGGUAUCCGACGCAGACUUGAAGCACCAGAUCAGACUGAUUGUGGAGGACGAGGAGGAGUUGAACUACCGUCAGAGGAUGGGGGAAAAGUGGGUCCAUGAUUUGUCCAAAAUAAAGACAAACUGGGUUAAGGAGUACUUGGAUGUUGCACCGUACCUGAUCCUCAUCUUCAAGCAGACAUACGGCAUUUUACCAAAUAACAAGAAAAAGACACACUACUACAAUGAAAUCAGUGUCUCCAUAUCUUGCGGAAUACUACUGGCUGCGCUGCAGAAUGUGGGUCUUGUGACUGUCACAUCAACUCCCCUCAACUGUGGUCCCCGGCUCAGGCUGCUCCUCAAGAGGCCAGUCAAUGAGAAGCUGCUGAUGCUGCUUCCUGUUGGCUACCCUGCACAAGAUGCCACCGUGCCUGAUUUUGGACGCAAGCCUCUGGGUGAAAUCGGCGUGUACAUGUGACAGACUCCGUCUGUGCAGAGGAAAUAGGAUGAAGUUUAAUGGAAAAAAAGCUGAAUUAAUUCUUCUUUGUAAUCUUCGGUGGGUUAAGAAGCUAUUGAAAAAAAAUGUAAUCUUUGGAAUGUGAAUAUUCACUUGAAAGUUAGGAUGCACUAAAAUCCAAUCAAAGGAUGUGUGUGCUGUUUGUCUAAUGUAGCAAUAGUUUCCACUUUGACUUGGAGUCAGUGAUUCAUAUGAGGAAAAAAAUAUGACUUUUGAACAGCAAUAUUCUAUAAUUCAGUAACAAAAGAGUUGUCGUGUUGGCAUGUAAUGGAUUCAUUUAGCCACAUGAUAGCUCCUUUAAGCAAUUUAUUUUAUAGGCAAGGCAAAUUUAUGUGUAUAGCGCCAUUCUUACACAAGGCAAUUCAUAGUGCUUUACAGAAGCAAGUAAAUAUAUUGGAAAUUAAAACAAAAUCAAUUUUUAAAAAAUCAAGAAAUAUAGAAAUAAAACAAUUUAAAACAUUACAUUUUUUUAAAUCAGACACAAAUUUUCCAUCUGUUCUGUGUUUGCCCUCCCUUAUUUGUCCUCGAUGUGAAAAUGAAAUAAGUCACAGGGCUUACACUCCCACUUAGCUCGAGUCUCCAAGACUCCAAGUGCUCAUUACCUGUUCUUCCCAUUUCAUCUAAUCAGUCCCCCUGAUUCGCUCUGCUUGGUUCUGACCCUGGGGACGCUGAGUAAACCUGUUCCUGAGUGAUGACCUGAUGAGUCUGGAUGCUUCAUACCCAACGAGCAGCUCUGACAUGUAUUUAGGCCCAGGACCAUUCAGUGACUUGUAGACCAGUAACAGGAUUUUAAACUCGAUCCUUUGACACACAGGGAGCCAGUGCAGUGAUAUAUGGUCCAUUUUCUUGCUGUUGGUCAGGACUCUGGCAGCAGCCUUCUGGAUGAGCUGCAGCUGCUUGAUUGAUUUUUUACUGAGACCUGUAAAGACACCAUUACAAUAAUCUAACCUACUAAGAAUAAAUGUAUGAACAAGUUUUUCCAUGUCUUGUUUAGACAGAAAUCCUUUAAUUUGUGCAAUGCUUUUGAGAUGAUAAUAGGCUGCUUUAGUGAUGGUCUUUAUGUGGCUGUUAAAAUUCAGGUCCAUAACUACACCAAGAUUUCUGGCUUGGUCUGUGGUUUUUAGUGUCAUUGAGUCAAGUUGGCCACUGACCUCAAGCCUUGCAUUUUUGGGACCAAAAACAAUGACUUCUGUUUUUUCUGCAUUGAGCUGGAGAAAAUUCUGGCUCAUCCACUGAUUGACUUGUUGGAUACACUCACUCAGCGACUGUAAUGGACUGUAGUCAUGUGGUGACACUGUAACAUAGAGUUGUGUAUCAUCGAGUGGUAGGAGAUGUUAUGAUACUCCAUGAUCUGGGCCAGUGGGAGCAUAUAGAUGUUGAAUAGAAGUGGCCCAAGAAUGGAGCCUUGGGGGACCCCACAUGUCAUUUUUGCCCCCUCAGAUUCAUGAUUACCCAGUGAGACAAAGAAAUCAACAAUCUUAUCUUAUCAAGUAAGAUUUGAGCCAAUUUAGCACAUAUAUUAAUAAUCAUAUAAAUUGUAAGAAGCCCUGAAAACUGUCCUUUUGCCAUUUACUGUUUGCUGAGUGAGUGAGGUAAAAGGGUUUCGUCAUCACAGUCCAGAGUCCUUCAGUGCAGUUCAAAGUUCCUCAGUGCAGCGCUAAGCCAUUUUCACUGGUAUUUUUUCAGCUGAGAAAUCACAACAAAGAAGAUCAAAAGAACAAAAUCAGUUCCAGAGACUUCGAGUUGGAAUGAAGAAGACAUGGCAGUGAUGUAACAUCAUAGCUACCGUUUAAUCCACUUUAUUCUUAUACUCAUAGAUUUGAAGGAAAUACCAUAUGCCACCACCAAAGGGCAGUAAUGUAUGCUAAUAUCUUUGGUGUUCAUGUGUUUUAGAAAUGAUAUAUAUGGUCUUGCUCAAUUAAUUAAAGGAAUGUCAGUCCCUCUG